GUGACCAAUGACUGUGCACAGAACUAAAACAACAUGGCGGACAUGGACGACGAUUUUGAUGCCAUACUGGAAACUUUGGAAAACGAGGAAGAAUUACAACAGCACUUUGUCGAAGCAGUUGACUCUCCAGUCUUCUCACCGCUUCUUGUAUUCUGCGUUUCGCAGUGCCGGUAGCUUCCAGAUUCCAAUUCCUUUACUUCUCCUACACGUUCCACAGCCAAAUACUGAACAAUUUUCACCUGGCAUUAUGUCCACUGUCUUUAUUAAUGUUUUCAGCUAUAUUUUGAAGAAAGCACACUGUCAAGCCAAACACCAAUGUUCUUGGCAGAUUUACUAGCUUUAAUAAUGUCAGCGCCGAUCUUGAAUGAAUCUAGUGGAGGUUGAGGACGAUGGCGAGCUGUCAGGACAAGGAGCUCCGUCUUAUCUCCGUUGAGCUUAAGCUUGUUCGCAACCAUCCAUAGUUGGACAUCUUGAAUACAUUCCUCCAUUAGUGAUUUGGACGUUAUUUCAGUAAAGGAAGAGUUGUGGGUCAUUGGACAUUUUCACCUACAAAUUCUUCUCUUUUUUCUUUUUGCAUGUUCAUUCAACCAACCCUUUACCCAACAAACCUUUUUUCCAUUAAACUGCAAUGUACAGAAAUUUUCAUACGUAUAAAUCAAAUCUACAUUAAUGUCAAUUACACAGGAGAAUUUGAAAUAGAGUAAAAACUCUUUAAUUUUAAUAGUCAAGUAGACAUGUCUUUAAAUCCCUUGGUUUUAUAUAUUGUAACAAUAAAUUACAAUUUAUCAUCUUUUUUAAACAAAUGGCUCUUUAAGGUAUGUCCUUACAUUUCUUUAUCAAUGCUGCACAGUUCAUUGCAGUCCUUUGCAGUUUCUUCCUCUUUCCCGUUGGGGUAAACGAUUAUUACUAGAAGGUAUGGGGAUUGUUGCCAGGUGAGAGAUACUUAGCUCGUAUAGGAGUGCAUUUGUGCAAUACAAUUUUGUCUGCAUUCUGUUAAUUCCUAGCUGUACACUGUAAUUUUGGGAAGUUUGACCUGGACAAUAAUUCAAGGCACUUUACUGGUCAGCCCUUUUGCAAUAGUGUCAUAUCUUUAUUUCAUUUUUUCUUGAGAACAUCUACAGGUCUUUAGAGAGAAAUCUAUACACAUUUUGUAUUUAUUUUACGAUGCAUAUCAUCAAAAUAUUGUUUGUUUUCAUUUUCUUUUAGUUAAUAAUCAAUCAACACAGCUUCUUAAAGCUACUGUAAAGCACAAAUCAUUAUGGGUUCUUCUUUUACCUUUUUGUAGUUCCUCUUUUGGUUCAUGCAUUGCAGAGUAUAGAUUACAGCGUCAUUAUAGUAAGCUUUCA